UGCAAGGAACACAAGGACAACCACCCAACAGGAGCUGUGUGUUCAUCUAGCCCAGCUCCAAUCAUCCUUCCGAGUCCCUCCUGCUCAUGAAGGUGCCCGCUAUAACAUGAAACUCUUGAUUCUUUGAUCGGGGGUUUGGCUAGAGACGUGAAAUUGUCCCACCGGCGUGAAAUCUGGCCAUCAGUUGUUUCAACGACGUGCACAUUUUGCACCAAGGAAAGGAGCGAUGUGGUGUGACUGGUCUUCGCUGCCUUUACUGGUACUCGUCUGGGAACUAUCUGUGGUUAGAGUAGAGACGGCACCAUGCCAGACCUGCCACAAACUUACUGACAGCUUCAUUAAGGGCUUGGAAGUAACGUCCAGUAAGAACUUUGGCGGUGGCAACACAGCGUGGGAGGAGGAGAAGCUAGCUAAAUAUGCACGCAGUGAGACCAGGCUGCUCGAGAUUGUCGAAAGUGCAUGUGAGAAGACUGACUUUGAAUGUAACCAGCUGCUGGAGCAGAUCGAGGACCAGGUGGAGACGUGGUGGUUCCACAGACAGCAGGAGGCCCCCGACCUUUUUGAUUGGCUGUGCAUCGAGGAACUGAGACUCUGUUGUCCACCAGGACGCUAUGGACCUCAGUGCAAAGAGUGUCUCUCCGGUCCGGGGGGAGUGUGCGGAGGCCUGGGCCGCUGUGAAGGCGAGGGCACCCGUCUGGGGGACGGAGGGUGUGUCUGUGACCCGGGAUACUCGGGCCAGCUGUGCCAGAACUGUGGGGAUGGCUACUACAGAGAGAAGAGCUCUAAUCACAGCACGGCAGCUUGUGCAGCCUGCUACCAUUCAUGUAAUAAAUGCUUGGGGCCACAGGAUUACAAAUGCCUGAAUUGUAAACCAGGCUGGAUCCUCCACGACAACAAGUGUAUAGACACUGAUGAAUGUGGCACCGAGUUGGCGCGCUGCCCCACAAAUACCUACUGUCACAACACCGAUGGGUCGUACGAGUGCAGAGGCUGUGACCAGGCAUGUGUGGGCUGCAUGGGAAGCGGGCCGGCCCGCUGUAAGAAGUGUGCCCGCGGUUACAGGCUCAGAGGAUCCAAAUGUAUUGACAUAGACGAGUGUAGCGAACGGGCGAUAGCGUGUCCGGGGCUGAACGAGGCAUGUACCAACGAGGAGGGCUCCUUCCACUGUGAUUGCGCUCAGGGCUUUAUCCGACGAGACAGCAUCUGUGUGGAGAACAAGCUACCCACGGGACCAGAGAAAGGUCUCUUCGACGAUAUGACUGAAGACGAGGUGCUGGUGCUGCAGCAGAUGUUUUUUGGCGUGGUGAUAUGUGCGCUGGCGACACUUGCCGCCAAGGGAGACAUGGUCUUUACUGCCAUCUUCAUCGGAGGCGUGGCGGCGAUGGCUGGCUACUGGUUCACUGAAAAGGGAGAUUACAUGCUUGACGGCUUUCUGAAGGGACGCUAGUCCUAGCCCUGGGUUAGAUAAAGGAAACAUGGGAAUGCUAACCAGGCAAGAGGUAAAGGUGACUCCCGAAGUACUAGCCAAUCAGAAUUCUCCUUUCCGGUUGGGAAGUUACUUGAAUGCUGCCUGGACUGCUGUUAGAAAUACAGGACUGAUAAUUUUGAAUCAAAAACUCAGGCUAUGCAGGGGAAUAUAUCUAUGUAGCCGCGAGCAUUGGAGGAGUACUUGGCAACGACCGCAAUGCAAUGAAAUGAUGGAAUUGAACUUGAUCCCCUACCUCAACAUUGCAAAAAGCAGGGGUCAAGAAAUCAAUUACACCACCACUGAUUGUCACACAUUUAUUAUGCAUUUUCAUUUUACAUCUGUGGGAAAAUAUUGCACAAGAAAGAAAGUUAUUUAUUCACAUAAUAUGAACGUCCGGAGCAUUUAUCAUGUCUAUCCUAUUGUUAUUUAAUUUGGCUGUAUGCUUUUAAACCGAAGCUUUCUCAGAAUGAAUGGUAGAGCUAUUGAUAUGGUGUUGCUGGGUAAGGUGUUGCACUAUGUAGGCCUGCUGCUUGGGUGGGGUUGAGCCUUUAUCAUUUCAAAGCAAGCUCCUUGAAAUACUCUGGAAUCCAUCCAUUAUGAAGAACUGUUUUAUUAAUUUCCAUUGUUUUAACUUGAUUUUUUUUUUAUGAAUGCAUGUGAAAAGUUACUUCAAUGACUUAGUCUGUUUAUUUAUUAUCUGUUUUUCAGGACGAGAAUCGACUGCUGCAUGUUCAUUUAAUUUAUUUGUCAAACUGCCAGAUGAGCUCUAACACUAAAGUGGUUACGUGUGUUUUAGAAAUGUAUUUGCACUCCUUAAUGCAAGACAUAAACUCUAUUUUAUUUCCUGGACAUUGGUUUCAAAGAAUAUUUUUUGGGGGGAAUUUAAUACUGUGAUAUGUUUUCAAAUGUUCUGCUUUCUUUUUUUAUUUUACGGAAUUAUGUGAGCCAUGACUUUUAGAAACCAUCAAGCUAUUUGGUUGAUUGUGAUUCCCCCCCACUUUAUUAGACUAGAAGGCUCACUUCCCUGCUGCAAAAACAUAAUUUGCUAACUAUUAUUUCCCAUUUAAUUAAAUAGCUUUGACUCAUUUCUUCCUAAAAUAUUUCCUUUUUUUGCACUUUCAAUAAAAUCUUUAAACAUAA